AUUAAAGGAGAAGGAAACCAAAAAAAAAAAUUUGGAUAAAUUAAUAGAAAAUUAUUAUAUAAAUAUAUUUUUAACAACGUUUGUAUUAAAAAAGUGUACCGUUAUGAAAUAAAUCAAUAUUUUACAAUUAUCAAUUUUGAAAUUCCCGCCUCCAUGUAGGCAGCCAUUAUUGUUUUAGCCCUGACGUCACUCCUACGGUUCCGGUUUACCUGUUCCAGCAUCUGAAACUUUGCAAAACUAAUUCUAUUUACACACGUACCGCGAUGGAAAACGGAAAUAUCCAAAAUCAGAUGGGUCUUGUUGCUUACAACUUCGAACCUGAGCUCACUGUUCAAGAACUUGAAGAUCGAAAUAGAGCUGCAUUAGCAUCUUCUGAAGCUGUAGUUCAGACAUUGGAUGAAUGGUGCGAGUGUGGGAACUGUCAGGAAAUGCCGUCCCUUGAAGAAAAUGUUUGUUGUAGGGUAUCAGAUUUGGUGCUACCGAACUUGGAAGACCACAACUGCAUUACCAUGCACCAUAGUUAUGACACCUUAAUUUUAAAUUCCGAUGUAUUAGCACUGGCUUACAUUCAGAUGAUGAUGUACAAGGGACAGCAAGGCCGAGCGCCGGAAGAAUUGAGCAACAGACAAUCCCGUCUUGUUGCUUACAGACAAUUCAUUUGUUGGAUGCUUAAAGGAGAAAAACUUGGAAAAGGAAGAAGGGUGGUAAUUCCUUCUUGUGUUGUCAAAGACAUUAGAGAUUCCUUCCCAGAGAACAACAAUGAUUAUACAGGAUUUCAAGCUGCUAUAGAUGUGAGAGAACUGUUUUGUUGAAAUGUUUUAAAAUCAUAAUGACAAAGGAUUUGCAAAGAAACACAAAAAUUAUACAUGAAUGUGAUAGUUUUGUAUGAAGCUAAUAAUAUAUUGUUAAUUAUAUAAACUUGUAUAAACUGU